UGGAUGAUACAAGAGAAGAACAUAAAAGCAGCAAAUCCAGUGCAUAACACUCAGAAUACUUUCAUCCCUACAUACAGAGUCAAACAUCUACUGUAGGCUAUCAGGCAUACCAUUUGACAUGAAUUCCUGCUUUGGACUAAUUCAGACCCAUGGAUAUAAGAGCUCGUGGAUCAACUUCGCCUUUAUUUGCUUAAUGCUGUGCAUGUGGACUAGUGUAGAGUGCUGGUCUUAUUUCUAUUCAAACAACACAAUGACAUGGGAAAAUGCACGAAGCUGGUGCCAGGAGCACUACACAGACAUGGUGGCCAUCCAGAACCAGGAAGAGAUCGAGCAUCUUAACAACUGGCUGCCCAAGAAAAAUGGCUACUACUGGAUUGGAAUCCGUAAGAUCAAUAAUGUCUGGACCUGGGUAGGAACCAACAAGCCUCUGACAGAGGAAGCAACCAACUGGGCAGAAGGAGAACCGAACAACAGCAAGAGUGACAAAAAUGCAAAGAUCAGUGAGGACUGUGUGGAGAUGUACAUUAAAAGAGAUAAAGAACCAAGCAAGUGGAAUGACGAGAGAUGUACAAAAUCAAAGACUGCUCUGUGCUACACAGCGGCUUGUAAGAAUAACUCCUGUUUGCAUGGAGAGUGUGUUGAAACCAUCAACAGCCACAAAUGUGAUUGCUUUGAAGGGUUUUUUGGAGACAAGUGUGACCAAGCUGUGCAGUGUAACAAAAGCGAAGUUAUUGCCCCAGAAAAAGGAUCCCAAAAUUGCUCUCACAAGUAUGGUAGUUUCACCUAUGAAUCCUUGUGUCAGUAUUCCUGUGAGGAAGGACACAAGCUGAGUGUGCAGAAAUCUCUAAGGUGUACUUCCUCAGGGAAAUGGUCAGAAAAGCCACCUUUGUGUGAAUUGAUUCAGUGUGAGAAGAUGUCAGAGCCGACACAUGGAUCCAUGAAAUGCUCCGAUCCUCUGGGUUGA